CCGUGCUUUGUUCAUUCUAGUUGGCAAUAUGAUCUGCACCAAGAGAAGCUAACCUGUGUAAUUAAAUGUAGGUCGUAUCCAACUAUAUCAUAUUAAUGUAUCCGAUUUAAGACAUUUUAAAUCAAUAAUAAGCCAUAGAGAUUUGCCAGGAUGUCAUCGCCUAUGGAAAUAACAAAAUCGGAAGUACAUGCGUCUUCAGAAAAUAGUGGAGUGAAUGUUGAAGACAAUUUACCAGAUGUCAUAUUUGUGGAAGAACGUGGAGAGAAGAGAUCUCUUCCAAUUGAUUCUGAUGGAGCUGGUCCUGCCAGAAAGAAGAAAAAGAAAUAUGUGACUCAGUCACAGCCAAAGAAUGCUGUGUGUGCUCUUAAUGAGCUACGUCCAGGACUUACAUACAACACAGUGAGCAUGAGCGGACCCGUCCAUGCUCCAACAUUUACAAUUUCUGUUGAGGUGAAUGGUCAGGUUUUUGAAGGGCAAGGACGAUCUAAGAAGCUAGCCAAGCAUGCUGCAGCGGAGGCUGCUCUCCGUUCUUUUGUGCAGUUCAAGAAUGCUCCUGAGGCCCAGCAAGCAAUGAAUAUGCAUUUUAAAGACCUGGACUUUACAAGUGAUAUAACAGAAACUGAAGGCUCUCUUUUUAAUGCUUUUCAACCACUGGACAGCAACAAUAGUACAACUUCAGGGGAUGUGAAUAGUACAGAAACUGCCCUUGUGUCUCAAGCACCUACAGUUCAGAGCGGUAAUGGUGCGCCCAUCCAUCCGAUGCUUCCGCCAGCAUGUCACAACAGUGCACCAAGGUUGCCUAUUCAUCCAGGAGACAAGAGUCCUGUCAUGCUUCUUAACGAACUCCGGCCAGGGAUUAAGUUUGACUGUGUUUCAGAAGAUGGUGAACCAUAUGCCAAGUUUACUAUGUCUGUAACUAUUGAUGUUGAAAGAUUUGAAGGAACAGGUCCAAGCAAGAAACUGGGUAAAGCAGCAGCAGCGAAGGCAGCGUUAGCCAAGCUGUACAAUAUCACAUUUUCACCAUUCACAUCACCGCUCCAGCCAAACAGGAGUUUAGGUUCUCCAAGUGCUCCACCAGUUUCCUUUGAACAGAUGGCUCUGCCACAAGUCCUUGCUGAUCACAUAUCCAGGUUGGUGAUAAGCAAGUUUACAGAUUUGACCGAAGGACAGCCCAUGCAUUCUCGACGGAAGGUUUUGGCGGGCAUUGUGAUGACUAUAGGCCCUCAGAUGGAAGAUGCAAAAGUUAUCUCAGUAGCCACAGGUACCAAAUGCAUCAAUGGGGAACACAUGAGUGUGCUUGGAGCUUCUCUGAACGACACUCAUGCUGAGAUUAUUGCCCGCCGUUGCCUCUGCGAUUUUAUUUACGCUCAGCUUGAAAUGCACAUGAACUCAGAAACAUCAGAACAAUCCAUUUUUGUACCUCGGCCUAAUGGUAAAGGUUAUCAGUUGAAGGACAAUAUCAAAUUUCAUUUAUACAUAAAUACUGCACCCUGUGGAGAUGCUAGGAUCUUUUCUCCUCAUGAGGCUGUAUCUCAAGAUGACUCCAUUGAUAAGCAUCCAAACAGAAGAGCACGAGGACAAUUAAGGACAAAAAUAGAGUCUGGUGAGGGAACUAUCCCAGUGAAGUCAAGUGAUGGUAUUCAAACUUGGGAUGGAGUUUUACAGGGUCAGAGAUUGCUGACAAUGUCAUGUUCAGACAAGAUUGCCAGGUGGAAUGUUGUGGGAGUACAAGGAGCGUUACUGUCACAUUUUGUUGAGCCUGUAUACCUGGAGAGUAUUGUGCUUGGAAGUUUAUUCCAUCCCAGCCAUAUGUACAGGGCUGUGUGUGGUAGGAUUGAAACUACAAUCCAAGGACUUCCUCCUCCUUAUCGACUGAACAAGCCACUUAUGAGCCUUAUUACUUCACCAGAGGUACGACAGCCUGGUAAGGCACCUAACUACAGUGUGAACUGGACCACAGGACAAGAGGAUGCUGAGAUAAUUAACUCAAUAACAGGCAAAGAUGAUCAAGGUGUUGCAUCUCGCCUGUCAAAACAAUGCCUGUUCAAACGUUUCUUCAAUCUUGUGGGAAGAAUUGGUUCAAUAACAGGAUUGACUGUUGGAUCAUGUCCACAUCAGUACUCAGGUGCUAAAGAAGCAGUUCAAGAUUAUAAGAUGGCAAAGGAGCAGCUGGUGCUUGCAUUCCACAAAGCUGGACUGGGCACAUGGCUGAAGAAGCCAAUAGAACAAGACCAGUUUGAAUUAGAUGAUUCUGUAUUAAAUAAUCAUCAGUGACUGGAAGAUGGUCCUUUUGGGGUUUACCUUGCAGAAUAGAGCAGUUGCUCAGUCCUCCGUCCCUCCCUGUCACAGUUGCUCCCAGAAGCUAAAUCCACACUUGGCACCAGUAAAGAGCAGAGUCUGGAGAACUGAGCUUAGCACUUCCUUUAUUCUUGCUCACAACUCAUCUCAAAUUAGUAGUUAACCCCAAGCACCAUUAAUAUUAACUUACUUUUCUUCUAGUCAUGUAACACUGCAGUAGAUAAACAAAUUUUAGGGAUCAUGUAUAAAAUGGCUGCUGAGAUAAAUAAACCGUUACUUUGUGAUUUAUUACAAUUUAUAUUUGAAUUUGUGCGGGGAACAAAAUCAAAUUGCCUCCUAAAAUAACAAAAUAUACAUGAGAAGAAAUACACUGUCGAUAAAAAUCAAAUUUUAAAGUAAAGGCGCUAUCCAUUAUGCAUUCUUUGCAUGAGAAUGCAUGUGGGGUUGAUCCUGUCUGUCCCUCAUGAUUCAGCUUGGGAACUGCUGGAUAUAUUUGGAUGAAAUUUGGUGUGGAUGCUAUGUGAUUGGUGUCUACCCUAAAAUCAUACUUUUCAAUUUCCUACAGUUGGUAAUACCAGCAUUGUGGAUGUAUGAACAUGUGAGCUGAUAUUGACAUUGGUGUCACUUGCAGUAGGGCCAAUGUUGUAUGGUUAUAGAUUUUCAAAAGAUACAAAACUCUGGAAAAGCAGCCACAUGAAAGAAAAAAGAUAUUUUGACUUGACAAGGAUUCAGUCCCAUCACCCCAUGCAUAUGAGUCCAGUAUGCUACCACAGACAUGAUAUGCCUUGUGGUCUAUCAUUAUUGAUUUACAUUAUUUAAAUAUGACAUUCAAACCACAUGAUUGGUAUAGUUGGAAACUAAAGUUGACCAAGUAAGAUAAUUGAAGUAAUCCUGUUUUGAUAAUUGUUCUUUAGGAGCUAACAGGUCAAGAGGCAUUUCAGCAUAUAUCAUAGGUUAUACAUUGUGUUUCUGGUUCAGUUUAUAAUAGAUGUAUGCUGUUCUCUCAGUAUUCAGUUUCUGAUAACAGUAGAGAAGAAAUAAAACAUUUAAAGUAUAUGUUCAUGCAUUUCCAUGAAUUUUGUGGAAAGUACAUUAGAUUCCAAUUCACUCAUUUGUUUUUUUUAAUAUAAAGGUAAAUAUAAUGAAUGAAUGAAUCUUUCAUUAAAGAUAGAUGCUUAAGUUUUUACAUUGCCUGCAGUGUAUUGCUACAUUUAAGAGGAUGUUAUGUUUGUGUAGUGUAUGUAUGGUGUAUAUUUUUGUUUCAGUGAGAAGCAUUCAGAAUUCUGAAUUUGCAAAGAACGUGCACUUGUAUAUUCUAGUAUGGUUUACACCUUCCAUUUUUGUUCAAAAUAAUUUUAGUAAAGUCAUUUAUGUUAAAAUUAAUACAAUAACAAGCAUUUAGUACUCAUUUAAUUUAAUGAGCAAAUUUAUAUAUGAUCCCUGGCAUAGUAUGGUUUCCUGUUUAUUUAGGUGUGAUGGAGCAUGAAUGUACAAUGUGUUUCACAUUCGUACCACUAGCCUCCUCCUAUUUUCAUGUAAAGUACUUGACAUCUUCUUCCACAUGACACUACUCACUUCUUACAGUACAUUGUGAUCUGGUUACUCAGAUUUCUGUUCACAGGCAAAUUUCAUGCAUGCCAUAUUUUAACAUAAUAGAGCAUUUAUUGGUAUUUAUAUUAGCAUUUCUUUAUCAUGAAAGUUGUGUUUUAACAGCUUGAAGGAUGACAUUCCAUAUAAACAGCAGAAUAAACUCUUUGAUGAAAAUUUGCAAGUUCUGAAGUAAACCUAAAUUUUGUUCUGUAAUUUGAGGUUGUGUAAAUGUCUUAUUGUGUAUGGUGUAAUUUUAUUUGUGGUUACUAUCCUUUAAAAAACUUUAACUUUCAAGGAAAUAAACUGGCAUAUUCAGUAGUUCAUUUGACAGUACAAUUGUUAUGUCAUGGGCUACUUGUAUCUUCACAAAGUGGCUCACUUGAUAUUCCAACAUAGGUUUUUUAUUUGUGUGAGAAAAUAUUUAUAAAAUUAUAACAAUUAUUCCCGCUAUAUCUUCACCUGCUGGAUACUACAAAACAUGUUAUAUAACAUGUCUAUGAGGAUUGGCUGUGAAGUAGAUGGAGAAAUGUAGGCAAAUAGGUUUGAAAAACAUGCAAAUACUGCCUGUAACAGUUGGUAGUGUGUUGUUAUUGUUGUUAUUAAUGAUGUUGCUUGCGUUUACCAGACUCUGCCCCUCACUAUGCCAAGUCAGUAUGGGAUGGUGGACUGAAGACCAGGUCUAUUCUGUUAGUUGUUUGUCUCCAGGAAUCCCACUCAGAGCCAUUGCUGUUCAGUGGUGCCUGAAAAGUAAUGUCAUUGCACUUGCUGACAUUGCCAGAUCCAACGCAAGACAUAACCCAGUUUGUGGACAAAUGUACAGUUUAUCCUGCUCAAUGUAUUGUAUCUCUUGCAGGGGAGGGAGAGCAUGGAGAGAAUAUUUUAGACACUGAAAUGAAAUUUAAUUUGUGUUUAAUAAAAUUGUAUUAGGCUAUAUCAGUGGAACAUUAUUGUUAAAGUAUAUGAAUGUUGUAAACAGGUAAAUAAUGCUGCUUCCCUCUUUUAGCCAUUGUUAACAAUUUCUUAGAUCUAUUGAUCUAAGGUCACUUGAUAAGGCUGAUUGCUGUUUGAAGUUGUGACUCAUUUCAUUGCAUCCCAUCCUUCAGUUUUUCUGUAACUUGUAAGAGGAUGUUUAUAAACAAGUGCAACAUUUUAUUAACAGUGGUCACCUGUUUAUUUAAUAACUUUUUUAUUUGUUGUUAUUAAUGCUUUUAAAGAGGGACAUUUCACUCAACAAAGCAUCAGUGUUUGAUUCUUGUAAAACAAUGAACUUAAAUGUGUUUUGUAAUUUAAAAUUGGUUGUAAAUACACAACAUUUCAAUAUUUAUUGAAAGGUUGUGUAUGGUUGCUUUUUUAAUACUUCAAGGGAACAAAUAGAUAUUUUCAGUAGUUAAUAUAUUGAUGGUAUAAUUAUUGUUCCAUAGGAUACUUUUCUGGUACAAAGUGUCUCACUUGUCAUCACACAAUUGUAUUUUUAUUUAUGCAAGAAAAUAAUCACUAUAAUGACUGGUUCUUUCUGCUGUCUCUCUUUAGUAUGAGUGAACAUGCAUACAAAAUAAAGACUGACCAACGGAAUUCACUAUUUAGUAAACAGGACAGUCAUUUGUUGGUCAGGUGUAAAUUUCUAAGAGCUUUUCUUCACAUUAUAGAUGAUUUAUCAGUUCAUCCUGACAGAAAGGUGCCAUAAUGUUAAAAGAGACAGGCUUCACAAAUGUUGAUGUUUGUUACAUUCCUGGUAAAAUUAACCAUACUAGUAUUCAAGGUAAAUGUAAUUUGGAUUUCAUUUUCUUCAUACAAGAAGAAUGGAGUUAUCUUUUUUAAUGUGGAAAUUGAUGGUAUAUGAUACUGGUACCAUUACACCUUUCUGUAAAAAACUAAGCAUAAAAUUAUAAUAUAAGUAGAUUAUAUAAUUUCUUUGGAUAAAAAUGAGAUAAUUUAAUAUACUGGUGACCUCUGUUUAAUGUUUAGUUUGGUUGCUUUGUCAAUCAUUAAUUUAUUGUGUUCAUUGUCAUUUAAGUUUUCAGUUUCAGGCAUAUUAAUUUUGUCAAAAGUUAUGUUCCCAAAUUUAUUUUUGUUUUAUCUGUUUGGUUGUGAUAUUACAAAGUUAAAACUUGUACUUGCAUCCGUCAGUGGUGACUGCAGCAUUACAGAAUCAGUAAUUAUUUCUGUAGCAGAAAUAUUAAGAUUUGUAAUUACAUAAGCAUAUUGCUGUUCUUGAAUCAUCUUACUUGAAGUUUCAUAUGUUUUACAUUGUUGAAUUUUUAAGUAUUUGAUUGUAGUGAUUGCCCCAUUUUUAUGAAAGGUUAAUUGACUUGCACAAGUGUCAGACUGUUAUAAUAUCACAAGUAAUAGAAUGUUUCUGAUCAUUAUAACAUAGAUAAUCAUAGCCUUUGGCAGGUAUUCUAGGCUAUAAAACAUUCAGGGUCCCAGAGAAUAUAUAUCAUAUUUUAAAUAGUGUUACAAACAUAAUCUCUGUAGUUCCUUUUUAAGUACGAUCAAACAUGCUUAUGAAAGUUAAGAAGAAUUUAGGAUGAGACAAUAUGAUGUACUGUUUAAACUUUCCAGCAUAACAAAAAUGAAACUUGCUAACUUAAAAGUUCUCUCUUUCUUAGCAUUUUGUAAGUUUUUGAAUUUUCAGAAUAUUUAACAGUCUCACUUUACCCAGGGACUGUGCUAGCAAACUGUAAUUGGAUAUAGUGUGGAUAUGAAUUAAAGAAAUACUUCUUUCAUUCAUAUCCAUUUUAGAAUUAGGAAUAACUGUGCGAGUGAUUUGCCUACUCGCAUCAUACUUAAAAUAUUGCGGGUUUUAACUUUUUGGAAUGGUGCAGAACUCCAUUGAAACAUUGAAAUAUUAGAUAGUAUAUGACUUAAACAAAUUAAUGAGUCUGGAGAAUGCUGUUAUAACACUGGCAUGUUGGUACCUUGUUCAGAAAGAUUAACAUUGCUGUUAAAGUGAAAAAGUCAGACUGGCACAACAGCCAGAGGUUUGUUACACUGUGUAACUCAAGACCAGUAUUAUUUCGUUGAAUCAUGACCAAUUAUUUAUGUAUCAUGGAUCAGUAUAGUUACCAAAUAAGAUAAUUUGGUGUAUAGCUUCACCACCGUCAAAAACUGCUGGUUGAAUCUCAAGAUACAUUAUCACAGUAGGUUUCUUCAGUAUAUUGUUUUUGCUGAUAAAAGUUUUAAAUCAGUUUGGUAUUAUGUGUAGUUUUAGAAAUAUUGUGAGUUCAAUUACCAGAUGUUUAAAAAUUUUCUGGAUUUAAUCUAUUCUUUGUAAAUAAGUUCUGUGUAUAUUUACACACAUAUACACAAAGAUAAGCAUAGCACAUUUUGUGGGUUUAUGUUUUAAGCCCUCGGUGGACUAGUGGUUAGCGUGCUCACCACUGGACCCAAGGUCAGCAGGUUCAAACCUGUCCAAGGUCGAUGGAUUUAUAAGGGUGAUAAAAAUCCGUAGCAUAACUUCCUUUGGAGGGAAAGUAAAGCUGGUGGUCCCAUGUUGUAGAUUUAUGGCACGUAAAAGAACCCUACGAGCAUGAUACAAGAUGUUUCGUAAGCCAAAUUCAGCUGCCAUUUCUCACCCACCUCUUUCCUGAUUCACUGCUAGAUGGCUCUGGCAGUCAAAUCAGGAGUGAGUAGAAAUUGUGCAGUCAAUAGGCUGGUCAUUCACUACUCUCUCUCUACAAGACUAAUAAGGCCCAGUCCUUGUAGCAGUUGAUGAUGAUGUAAGCACUGAUAAUUUUUCCCAUAUGUUAUAUUGUGUAGUUGUGUUCCAGUUACAGAUUUCCCCCACCCCCCUCAGAGAACAUAAGCCAGUUCUGCACUUCAGUAUUUCUUGCAUGUACUUUUUCAGGAGAGAAUAAGUUUAGAAUUUUUAAGCAGAUAUAAGACCUUAUUUAUUGUUAUAACCACCACCUUGAGCAUAGAACUGUAUCAUGAUUAUAAAUUAAGAAGUACCUCUCA